AUGGGAAACUUCACCAUAGUGACAGGAUUCCUUCUCAUGAACUUUUCCAACACCUGGGAGCUACAAGUCUUACAUGCUGUGCUCUUCUUGUUGAUAUACCUACUGGCUCUGAUAGGGAACCUGCUCAUCUUCACCCUCAUCUCUCUUGAUAGGAACCUCCACACUCCCAUGUACUUCUUCCUGAAGAACCUAUCCAUUUUAGACCUCUGCCUUGUUUCUGUCACUGUCCCAAAAUCCAUCGUAAACUCUCUUAGCAACAACUGCUCCAUCUCUUACUUGGGGUGUGUAUUACAGCUCUUUUUAGUGAUUUUAUUUGCAGGAUCAGAGAUUUCCCUCCUCACAGUGAUGUCUUAUGACCGAUAUGUAGCCAUCUGCCAGCCCCUGCACUAUGAAACCAUCAUGAUCAAAAGGUCUUGUGUAAGUAUGGCAGUUGCUUCCUGGUUCAGUGGAAGUGUGCUUGGGGCCAUGUACUCAGCUAGUACAUUCUCUUUGCCUUUCUGUGGCUCUAAGGAGAUCUAUCAGUUCUUUUGUGAUGUCCCUUCUUUACUCAGGAUCUCCUGCUCUGAAAAACACAUUGCAGUUUAUGUGAGUAUCACUAUUGGGUUGGGCUUAGGGAUUUUCUGCUGUAUUUCUAUUAUUAUCUCUUAUGGUCACAUCUUUUCAACUGUGCUGAAGAUUCCAUCAAGAAAAGGUCAGUCAAAAGCCUUCUCCACUAGCCUUCCCCAUCUCAUUGUUUUCGUGGUUUUUAUCAUAACAGGGGGCACGGCUUAUUUUAAGCCAUCUUUGGACUCUGAUUCAGUUAAGGAUCUCUUGUUGUCUGUGUUCUAUACAGUGGUGCCCCCAACCAUUAACCCUUUCAUAUAUAGCCUGAGGAAUAAGGACAUGAAGAAUUCUUUGAGAAAGCUUAUAACCUGGAAAUACUCAACAGAGGGAUUAAUGAAAAAGUCUUUUCCGUGA